AUGGAGGAACACACGGUGACCCAGACGGAGCACAUGGCCACCAUAGAGGCCCAGGUGGUGGCCCAGCAAAAACACGUGGCCACAUACACAGAGCACAGCAUGCUCAGCGCCGAUGAAGACUCGCCGUCUUCUCCCGAGGACACCUCGUAUGACGACUCUGACAUCCUCAACUCCACGGCUGCCGACGAGGUGACGGCUCACCUGGCCGCUGCAGGCCCAGUGGGAAUGGCAGCGGCCGCCGCCGUGGCCACCGGCAAAAAAAGGAAGCGCCCCCACGUGUUUGAGUCCAACCCCUCGAUCCGAAAGAGGCAGCAGACUCGUUUGUUACGAAAGCUCCGGGCCACACUGGACGAAUACACCACCCGUGUGGGGCAGCAGGCCAUCGUCCUGUGCAUCUCGCCCUCCAAACCCAACCCGGUUUUUAAAGUAUUUGGGGCAGCACCUCUGGAGAACGUGGUGCGUAAGUACAAGAGCAUGAUCCUGGAAGACCUGGAGUCAGCGCUACUGGAACACGCACCUGCGCCCCAGGAGGUUAACUCCGAACUGCCCCCUCUCACCAUCGAUGGGAUCCCGGUCUCCGUGGACAAGAUGACCCAGGCACAGCUGCGAGCGUUCAUCCCUGAGAUGCUGAAAUACUCAACGGGUCGGGGGAAGCCAGGCUGGGGGAAAGAGAGCUGCAAGCCAGUCUGGUGGCCAGAAGAUAUCCCGUGGGCCAAUGUCCGCAGUGACGUUCGGACGGAGGAGCAGAAACAGCGGGUAUCCUGGACGCAAGCCUUGCGGACGAUCGUGAAAAACUGCUACAAGCAGCAUGGCCGGGAGGACCUGCUGUACGCUUUCGAGGACCAGCAAACACAGCCGACUACAGCGACACACAGUAUAGCGCACCUGGUACCGUCCCAGACAGUCGUCCAGACCUUCAGCAAUCCCGACGGCACCGUCUCUCUCAUCCAGGUCGGAACUGGAGCGACAGUCGCCACCUUGGCAGAUGCCUCCGAAUUGCCCACCACCGUUACAGUCGCACAAGUCAAUUAUUCCGCAGUGACAGAUGGAGAGGUGGAACAAAACUGGGCGACGCUACAGGGGGGCGAGAUGACCAUCCAGACGACACAGGCCUCAGAGGCCACGCAAGCGGUGGCGUCCCUGGCGGAAGCAGCGGUGGCGGCCUCGCAAGAGAUGCAGCAAGGCGCGACGGUCACCAUGGCGCUCAACAGCGAAGCGGCCGCCCACGCCGUAGCCACCCUCGCCGAAGCCACCCUUCAAGGCGGCGGGCAGAUCGUCCUCUCCGGGGAAACCGCAGCAGCCGUCGGAGCGCUCACCGGAGUUCAAGAUGCGAACGGACUCGUCCAGAUCCCCGUGAGCAUGUACCAGACGGUGGUCACCAGCCUCGCCCAGGGCAACGGUCCCGUUCAGGUCGCCAUGGCCCCUGUGGCCGCACGGAUAACGGACAGCACCGUCACGAUGGAUGGCCAGGCAGUGGAAGUCGUGACGCUGGAGCAGUGACGGCAGAGCGGCAGGGUCCCCGUGAGGCCGCCGCUUCCUCCUCCUCCUCCUCCUCCUCUC